AUGAGUGGUAUACUAGCUGGGGUUGUCGCGGUAGCCGUCGUAGCUGUCGCCCUGGAGCUGUCCCGCUACUUCGCCCGUCUGAGCGACGACUGGCGCACAGUGUUUGGCGACGAGGCUGAGCUCCCCACCUGGCUGGAGCUGCAUGGACAGAGGGUAGAUAUCUUUGCGCUUAACUAUGAUGCUAUUAUCACUGCCAUGUAUGCAUUGCCUACUAGUGCUGACCGUGCCUGUUACCUGUGCGUACCGCCUGACCCUGGUAUAGAGCCUGCUGCUCUCGGUGCUGGUGAGGCUGCUACUCUAGGUGCUAGUGCGUCUCCUGCUCUAGGUGCUGGUGAGGCUGCUGCUCUCGGUGCUAGUACGUCUACUGCUCUAGGUACUGGUGAGGCCAUGGCUUCAGGUGCUGGUGAGUCUGCUCUCUCUGGUACUGCGCCCACUGCGGUCUCGCACACCUUCACCCUUGACUCAAGAGCUUCUCGCUCCUUUUUUCGCGACUGCACCACACUCACGCCGCUUAAUCGGCCAGUUCCAGUCUCCCUGGCGGACCCCUCUGGGGUGCCAGUCCUUGCCCACUACUCCACGGUUCUGCCGUGUCCGGCCGCCCCGUCCGGCUCGCUGUCAGGUCUUUACCUCCCCUCGUUCUCUACGAAAUUGAUCCGCGCAGUUCGUCUCCAGCUCCGCGAGCGGUUCCGGUCGGACUUUCCUGUCCUGUGUCUGCACUCUGACAGAGGUGGUGAGUUCUCCUCUGACCUCUUGGCAGCCUACUGUGCGGAGCGCGGCAUCCGCCAGACGUUCACGCUUCCGGCCUCUCCGCAGCAGAAUGGGGUUGCUGAGCGCCGCAUUGGCUUAGUCAUGGAGGUCGCUCGUACCUCCAUGAUCCAUGCGGCUGCCCCCCAUUUUGUGUGGCCGUUUGCGGUCCGGUACGCCGCGCAUCAGCUCAACCUCUGGCCCCGUGUCUCCUUGCCCGAGACCUCGCCCACACUGCUGUGGACGGGGAAGGUUGGCGAUGCGUCGCGUUUCCGGGUCUGGGGUGCUCAUGCCUUUGUCCGCGAUACCACCGCGGACAAGCUCUCCGCCCGCGCUGUUCCAUGUGUCUUCCUUGGCUUUGUCCUUGACGCGCCUGGUCCUGCUCCUUCAGGUGUUUCUCAGGUAGACCCUCCUCCCUUGACUGCGCCGGUUGAGGUCACUGGUGACUCAGGUCCUACUGAGGGUGGUCCUGCUCGGGGUGCUACUUCUGUGGGUGCUGAGCCUGGGGGUGCGGAGCCUGGGGAUGCUGAGCCUGGGGGUACUGGGCCUGAGGGUGCGGAGCUUGAGGGUGUGGAGCCUGGUGGUGCUGAGCCUGAGUGUGAGGGGUCUGGGGGUGCUGAGCUUGGCUGUACUGACGCUGGAGGUUCUGGAGCUACUGAGGGUGCUGGCGCUGGAGGUUCGGGAGCUGUUGGAGGGCCUAGUACUGGUGGCGCUGGAGCUGGAGGUUCUGGAGCUGCUGAGGGUGCUCGCGCUGGAGGUUCUGGAGCCGUUGGAGCUACUGGCGCUGUGGGUACUGACACCGGAGGUUCUGGAGCCGUUGGGGGUGCGGGCGCUGAGGGUUCUGAGUCUGCUGUUGCGCGGUCUCCUUGGAGUAGCCGCCUUCGUCCACGUGUGCCUCUCACCUCACAGCAGCUGCAAGACUGGUACGGUCGCGUCAGGGUCGCGCUGCUGGAGCCCGGGGCUCUGCUGCUGGAGUUACUUCUGCUGACGUCCCUGGAGCUAGGAGUGGUGCUGGUCCUUUGUCUACUGGAGGUGCUGGAGUCGCUGGCUCCGAAGGUGCUCGUACUGGAGGUACUGGAGCUGCUGGGGCUGGGGGUGCUGCGUCUGGAGGUGCUGCUGCUGGAGACACUGAGACUGGAGACCCUGGGACUGGAGGUGCUGGUUCUGGGGGUGCUGCUGCUGGAGACACUGAGGUUGGAGACCCUGGGACUGGAGGUGUCGGUUCUGGGACUGGAGCUUCUAAAGCUGCUGGAGGUGCUGGAGCUGCUGGAGGUACUGGAGCUGCUGGAGCUGCCGUCCUGCUGA